UAAUAUUUUUAAAAUAUAUUUCAAGUAAUUUGAUAAUAUUAUAAUAAUUUUUUAAAAUAUUUACAAUAUUUUCUACAUUUUAUAUUAUAUUAUAAUUUUUAGAUAAAAUGAUGCAUAUUGCAAGAGCAGAUACUUCUGAACACAGAUUUGAAAUUCAGUGUAAAUUAGAAGCAGAAAUAGCUUCUUUAGAAGCAUUAAAAGAAGCAGAAGAGCGAAGUAGAAAAUUAACCAAUAAUGUUGUAGGAAUUCUGUCUUCUUUAGAACAACGUCUUGCUACAUUGCGACGUACCAUACUUCCUGUUUAUAAUGAAACAGGAAAUCUUCAAGCACAGCAACAAAAUAUUGAAAUGACAUUGAAUGCUCUAGAUCAUGCUAUUGGAUAUUAUGGAGUCUGUCAAGAAGUAGAAGUUACAGUGCGAGCUGGUCCAGGAGGAUCUGGAGGAUUAGAUAAUUUUUUAGAAGCAAUGAAUCGUCUUUAUAAUGCUCAACGUUAUUUUCAAAAGAAUAAUCCAAGUUCUGUAGAAUUAGAAAAUGUAACAAGUUUAUUUGUUGUUGGUUUAGAUGCUUUAUAUGCAGAAUUUCAUGACAUUUUAACUAGACAAAGUAAACCAAUUCUUCCAAUUGUUCUUUUGGAUUUAAUUGGUUCAGAUGAAGAUACUAGUGGUGAGGAUGCUCCACAAUCUCUUUGUCAAUUAUCAGAAAGUAUUUUAGGAGAUUUAGUUAAAAUUGCAGCAUGGUUAGAAGAAAGAGGACAUCGUAAACAUGUAAAGAUUUAUGCAUCUGUGCGUUCUGCAAUUGUUUUAAGAUCUCUACAAUUAUUAAAAGAACAUCAAAGGAGUGCUAGUGGUGGCAGUACACAUGCAGGAAGUCCUUUACCAAAAACAAAAUUUGGAAACAGACAUUCAUUAGGAAUUCAAGAAAUUAGUGGAAAAAGAGCUUCUAAAAGAUUACAACAUGCUUUAGAAAAAAAAGCUAGUAGAAUGUUAUUAAAAGCUUCUCAAACUACUGGUUUGGGAUUAUCUUUAACAACAUCUAGAAAACCACCACCACAGUUAUCUGCACAUUCUGUAGAGGAUACAGCACCAGAUGAACAAGAAAUGGAAAAUUAUCUUUUAUUAACAGUUGGUCUUCAUAAACUUAUGCAAGCAGAACGAUCAUUGGUUGCUAAAAUUUUACCAACUAGUUUGCAAGCACAAGUACUAGAAGCUACAGUACGCGAAGCUAUGGAUCUUGUAGCUCACGAUGGAGAAAGUAUAGCAACUCGUGCUAAAAGAUGUAUUAUAAGACGUGAUUUUUCCGCGGUUUUAGUAAUUUUUCCUAUUUUAAAACAUCUUGGAGAAUUAAAACCAGACUUGGAACGUACUGUUGAGGGUUGUGAUUAUGCUCUUAGAUCAAAAUUUACUUCUGUGCUUAAUACUUUAAAUAUAACUGGGGCAAAAGCAUUGGAAGACUUUGCCGAAAGUGUCAGAAAUGAAUCCAAUUCAAUUUUACCUAAAGAUGGUACUGUAGCAGAAAGUACAAGUAAUGUUCUAGUUUUUUUAGAACAAUUAGCAGAAUAUGCAGAUACAGCAGGAGCUGUUUUAAGACGGAGUGCUGAUAUGGAAGGUGCAACAUCUAUGAAACAAACAGAAAACAUGUAUAGAACAAUACUUGGCACUUAUAUUAAAAAAGUAUUAGCACAAUUAAAUUUGGUGCUUGUAAGUAAAAGUGAUACUUCAUAUUCGGAUAUUGCAUUAAGAGCUUUGUUUCGUUUAAACAAUCAUAAUCAUGUUAUAAAUGCUUUACGUCGUAGUUCAUUAAUGGAACUUUUAUUAUUAUCAGAACCAAGUGCAGAACAAACAUAUUAUGAUCUCUUAUUAAAAGAUAAGGUUAAUUAUGUUUCUACUACUUUUGCAAAGGCACGCACUUAUCUCGAACAACCGUUUGAUGAACCAGAACCAGGAGCAAAAAUUCUGAAAGAGAAAUUUUUAGGAUUUACAAGAGAAUUAGAAGAAGUUGCAAAGUGUCAACGUUCUUAUUCUGUACCUGAUGCUCGAUUACGAGAAGAAUUACGAAAAGAACUUCAACAAGCUAUUGUUCCUCUUUAUAGAAAAUUUUAUAAUAAAUAUCGAGGAAUAUCAUUUUCUAAGAAUCCUGCUAAAUAUAUAAAAUACACUCCUGAACAAAUAUCUAUUUUAAUUGAUACAUUUUUUGACACAACGGCAUAAUAAAUAAGUAGAAAAAUUUAAUAAACACCCAUUUAAUAAAGCAUAUUAGUUACAAUAUCUAUGAUAUUUUUUAUGGACUGAAUCCCCAUUCCGCGGAUAGAUUGCACAGGUCAGUGGAUCUGCGACGAUUGAAAUAGAUCUCGGUCCAGCCCCACUUUAUAUAUAUUUAUAAUAUAUAUAUAAAAAACAAGUAACGUCCGAUUUAAAUUCAGCAGCUUAUGCAA